CUUUGAAUUUUAAAGCGGACUAACUUCUUAAAUCUAACUUGGUCUAAAUUGCAGACCCCUAUCUUAGAGACACCCGUGACACUGCAGGUCCCAGGGCUUCAGAGGCUGCAGAACUGCUGCAUGCCCACAGAAGUGCUCUGCCUUCUUAACAUGGUGAUGCCCGAGGAGCUAGUGGACGACCAGGACUACGAGGAGAUCCUGGAGGACAUCCGUGAAGAGUGCUGCAAGUAUGGCAGUGUCUGCUCCAUGGAGAUCCCCCGGCCGGUUGAGGGUGUGGAAGUCCCUGGUUGCGGAAAGAUCUUUGUGGAGUACGUCUCUGCUGCGGAGUGUCAAAAAGCUAUGCAGGCGCUGACUGGCCGCAAGUUUGCCAACAGAGUGGUGGUCACCAAAUACUACGACCCGGACAUGUAUCACAGACACGAGUUUUGAAGCACAGAGCAGUCUGUUGUGAAUUGUCUUUUUUUGUUGUUGUCUUGCUCUCCUACUUGUACUGCUGUAGACGUGGUUGAUUCGGUCGGUUCAUAACCUCUUGUGAAUGUUGUAAACAUGUAUUUAGAAACCGGAUUUGGAUUUCUUCUUUUACACUUUUACAAACUCGAACCACAGUGUGUAUUCUUUCGGUAUCUAACAGUCUGCCUCGAGGAUUCAAGGGUUUGAAUCCUUGAACUAUUCUAUUUACUCAGAUAUUACAAAGGAAAAUGUUCCAGUACUUUUAUUUUUGCAGUAUGAUAUACGUACGUGGUGUGUUUUCAGUCUGAAUAAAGCCAUUAUACCAGUACAACAGUUUUCAUUAAACCACCUCUUCCUGCUCACAGUGUGUGCCUUUGUGUCUAGUUUAAACUAGUUUCAAAACGUUAUAACCGGUUUACUCACCAAAAAAAAAUUAACAAAAAUACCUGGACCUUUUAUGUAUUCCAUUGGUCAAAAAAAAUGUCUAUGAUCUGCAAAAUGUAUUUAAAACAUGUACAAAACUAUUUUGUUUUGCUAAACUUUUUCCGAAAAUGUUAAAUU